UCGACGCGAGGUGAGGCGCGAGGCCCGCGCGCAUGCGCCCGCCGGCUGCUCGCCUUAUCGACCACAGGGGCCUGGCGGGCCCGCGCCGCGCACCCUUCAGUGCCGCUCGCACCGCCCGUCCGUCGUGAGGCACCCGGACACCCACCGACGCCGACACCAUGGCGCUCACGCUCCUCGAGAAGGUCGGCAUCGCCUUCAUCCUGGUGGUGGCCGUGCAGCUGGUGCGCCGCCUGCUGCAGCUGUUCUACGAGCACGCCGUCGCGCCCGCGCUGCGCAUGAACGUGGACUUCACCAAGUACAAGGGGACCUGGGCCGUGGUGACCGGCGCUACCGAUGGUCUGGGCAAGGCUUACGCCGAGGCGAUGGCUCGCCGCGGCCUGGACGUCGUGCUCAUCAGCAGGACAAAGGCCAAGCUGGACACGGUGGCCGCGGACAUUGAGGCCCAGUUCAAGGUGCGCACCAAGGUGAUCGCGGUCGACUUCACCUCCGGCGACGAGAUCUACGACACGAUCGAGAAGGAGCUGAUGGGCUUCGACGUGACGGUGCUGGUCAACAACGUGGGCAUGAGCUACCCGCACCCCGAGUACUUCCUGGGGCUGCCGGACAAGUCCAAGGUGUUCCAGAGCAUCCUGCGCUGCAACGUCCACUCGGUGACCAACAUGAGCCUGAUGCUGAUGCCGCGCAUGGUGGAGAACAAGCGCGGCGUCGUCAUCAACGUCUCGUCCGCCACCGCCCUCUUCCCCUCACCCCUCCUCACCGUCUACGGUGCGACCAAGGCGUACGUGGACAAGAUCUCGGAGGACCUGCAGGCCGAGUACGGGCGCCAGGGCAUCACGGUGCAGUGCAUCCUGCCGGGGGUGGUGGCCACCAACAUGAGCAAGGUGCGGAGGGCCACGUGGAUGUCGCCGACCCCGGAGCAGUUCGUCGAGUCGGCGCUCAAGCGGGUCGGCAUCCUGCAGAAGACCCCCGGCUACUACCCGCACUCGCUGCUCGUCUGGUCCAUCCAGCUGAUGCAGAGCAUCUCGCCGGCGCUGUGCCUCUACAUCAUCAUGCAGACCAUGCUCAACGUGCGCGAGCGCGCGCGCAGGCGGUACCUGUCGUGAGGGGCCGUGCACUAAAUACGUCAUUUUCUGAUGCGGGCUUCUUUUUUCACGGCCCUCUACUCGAGUUCAGAGUUAAAAGUGGAAGCCUUUUAGACGCCAUGAUAAAGUUACCCCACCCGGAAAAAAUGUUACCUGCGGGGAUACAAUUAUCAUGGCCUUCCAAACACUCCCAUUAGCAAGGCUGAGUUCAAAUAUGAUGCCGUGAUAAAAGUACCCCACCCCUCGAAAAUGACGUAAUCUGUGCCCUAAGGCUGUCUCCAGGGUGUCCCGUGUCCUGCCCGUCGUCGGCCGUCAGGCGGUGGACCCACAUCGUACCCACAGACUGAAUAUUAGCUGAAUGAUGAUAUCUUGCCAAGGGAGGGGCAGUUUAAUGUGAUUCAUAUUUUGUAUAUUUCACUUUGUUUAAAAGCUAAGCAUCUAAAUUUGAACAGACAUAUUGUCGCACCAAUUAGGGGCUUAUUCGGAUAUGCAAGAUAAUCACAGUUUAAUUUUAAGUGUUUUGCUAAUUUAUCAGGAACGAUGGAUUUGUUGAGGACUUUUCAUGACCAAAGAAAUAACAUCUGUAGUAAAUUAAAACUUCUGCAGACAAGCGAAGUAUUCAAAGCUGUGUUUGUGGAAACAUGUGACACGAGAAGAGGCCAUCCGCAGUUUUGGAGAGGCAAUAAGUCAGUCAAUGGUCACUGCCCACAACUUGUUAUUCUCUCUGUUUUUUAAAUGAUUAUGAUGUAAGUAAUUAUUAUUUUUGAGAAAGUGAGGUGUUACAUGCAGAUCUAAUAAAUAGUUUUUGCCAACAUUUGUAA